AUGGAAGAAGAAAAAGGCAAUCCCUUCCCGUAAUUAUCUAUAGGUGAUGUAAGAUAUCCUAGUCCUAUAGGUAAUAAGAAAUUCGAUUAAUUGAACAGCAAAUCGGUUAGAAAUAGUAUGGACCUCAGUGGAAGGAUCCACUUCUAAAACAGUAGCCAAUAAGCUGAUCCUAGAUUUUCUGAUAUUUAAAUCAAAAGUACGAAAUCUAGCUCAAAUUAGUCUUCUUAAUUUGAUCUGAAAGAGUUUAAUAUCAAAGAUAUUUCAAAAUAAGGAAAUGAGAAAAAGUAUAUGAAAGAACUAUAACUAGCAUACCAUAAAAAACCACAUAAUAAUUGCAUCCAUCUAGCUUUUCUCAUUAAAAAAGUUAGCAAAGAGUAAUCCUCUAAGGAAUCUUAACUUAAUAUCAAAAUACUUCGAAAUUUAAUGGAAGAAAAAUCUUACUCUAAAGGUAUUUUACCAAUAUUAAUGGCAUACUAGUAAAUCUGCUGUAUCAUAUGUCUCUACCAUAAUCAGUACUUUUAACUAGACCUCCACGAUGACUAAACUCUAAAAGUAUUCGAUAAUAGUGUAUUGUUGAUAGGUUCUCUUUCAUCAGUCAGUUAUCACGGGGACUACUUAUAAAAAGAUAGAAUGUUUUAUGAAGAUGAUGUGAUAAGCAAGAUUGUUGAGGAUAUAACAAAUGCAAUAUGCCAACUCAAUUUGAUUUUGGAGAAUGCAACUUUGCAUUAGGAUCUUAUAUAAAGUCUACUUUAAAAUACUAACUAACUUGUGGCUGAUAGUUUUGUGGAUAGUAAUUAGUAAACAAUACCUUAUAAGUUGUCACUUUUAAGUAAAAUUAGGGACAACUUUUCUAAAGCCAUCUUUGAAAACUUUAGCAUAUUAUCAAAUAUAUCUAAUCUCAUCUAAACUGAUUCUGAAAUCUUUCAAUUUUUCUACAUAUUACUCUUUGGAAAUUUGAGGCUUACAAUAAAGCAAGGACAUAAAAUUUUUGUAUUUGAAAGUGGCUUGGAGAAAGACUCUGAAUACUGCCAUAAGUAAGGAAAUAUAAUUGACAAUUACCUGAAUAUUGAAUUAAGACCAGAUUAGGACAAAAUCUUUUAGAAUUAUCAGGAGGUACUUACUGCAUUAGCAGUGACAUUCGAAGUCUUUAAAAAUCUUAUAGAAGAGUGA